AUGCGAACGACCGCAGACUCUGAUAGUGCUACAUCAGAUAGUGAUGUUGAGAAUUCGUAUAACACUGACAACGAAGUGGAAACUGAUUUUGCGUCAGAAAGUGAUUUUGAUAAUGCAGAUGAUACUAGUAGUGAAGUAUGUGAUGAAUACGAAAGUGGGCUCCUUUAAAAGCUGAAGCAACCAAACAAAGUUUAUCGGAAUUUGAAGAACUAACGCAGAAUUUCACUGCAAAGGUUUUGACGAAGACGAAGCUAAAGACAAGGCGUACUUAUCCUACCAAAACUUCGUAAAGAUUUGCAGAAUAUUUAUCUGGAGCGUCUACUAUGGAUAAGACAACUAAAGAGGGAUCCAAUACACAAAACGUUUAUGGAAACCAUGGAUGCCUUUGUCAACAUUGAUAAUUUCGAUCACAGGGAAGCGUUAGAGGCCGCUAUUAACAAGAAAAAAAUUCUUUUGAAAAGACUUUUCAGAAACACAUGGUCUCCUAGUGACAUUGACUCAUAGAAAUAAUUCCUAUCUAUCCAUUGGGAUACACUUAGUUCUCGCCUAAUCCCUUAAUUACUUAUAUUCCACCUAAUGACUAGCAAAACAUAACAAAGCAACAUUUGCAAAGUUUAAAACAUGUUUAUUGAUACAAAUAACAGUUAAAAGAUACCAAGUUUGCCUGUUAAACCGUAAGCAGAUGUGAGAAAUGUAUAUUCAUGGCGCGAAAAAGUGCUGAGCUCAGCGAAAAUAAGGACUGUUCGCCUGAACAUGUCCAUGCACGACCGCCCGUAAUAGUAUCCCUAGAAUCCUCUUAGUGGGCAGGCUUGGUGGGAAGUAUCCCUGCCAAUCGGGACACAAGGCCAUAGAAAAGUCCCUUAGGGCCACUUUUCAUUUUAGAAGACGGUGUUAAUACAUUAGCUCAUGGACAUUAUAAAAUUAGCAAAUAAGUUGUGUAACAAAUCUCCGUAGGAUGGAAAAACAAGGAUGAUGUUAAAAGACUUAUUAAAAUGAUGUAAUAAAACCUUGUAAUGUGAUGAUUCAAAUACACUUUUUUAUACUCAAUUUCUAUUGUCCUUUAUAUUUUCUUGCGGAAGUUUUGAAGAGACUGAGCUGUGACGUAAAGGGGACGUACCUAGAGAAUUGGGCCAUCGGGCCAUGAAAAAGCCGGCCCUCCGGGUCAUUUUUAACAACUGUUAUUAUAUAAAAAAACCGCCAUGGUUUAUUCUCUCCUCUCAAAAUUAUGGUUAAAUCUGAGUUGUUCAGUUUUCAACUACUAUUCGAGUAAUUAUUCAAAUACCACAUUAAUGAAUAAAAUACUGAAUAUAUGGGAAUAAUGCUACAAGCGCGAGAACUAAAGGAGUUAUCGCGUUUCGGGACGCCCGGGACAAAAACAAUAGUAAAAUAGUAAACGGUUAAAGUUUUGUUAAAGCGGAAUGCAAUUAUGGUCAUUGCCGCCUUAAUGAUAUUAUAACUGCAUGUGACCAAUAUGAAUUGACGCCAUGAUGAUGUCAUGGGUGGUGCACAGUGCACCAGCCGCUCCAGAACCCCUCUUUCCUAUACUACUUAUAUAUAUUCAACAACGAAUUUAAGAGGGAAAUGAAAAUUUAAAAAGGGAGUUUGAAAGAACUCUUAAUUUAUACUUUUCCGUAGCGUGUUUGGUUUUCGAAAUAUUUCGACCAAAAAGAAAAAACGACGUGCAUGCAGUCCGCCAUCUUGGCUCUUGGUUCACUAUGCAUGACGUCACAAAGGGGGUAAAGACAACGUUUAAUUCGGCUAACCACAUAUCAUUACCCUUUUAGCAAGUGUGCCCGUUUAUAACAUCAUUUAAAUCGUGGCUAAUUAGGUAAAAUAUAAAAACAAGAUGGCGAACCAAAAAUGAUAGAAAGGGAUUGUAAAGGAUCUUCUUCAUAUGUUAUUUUUGUUCUUUCAAAUGAGGCAAUUAAACUGGCAGUUUUUUAUCGCCAUUCCCCUCAAACUAAAUUACGAACCUGCGUGAAAUAAAUAUGUAAAAAGAAUUAAAUACCCGUAAUUCACGUCGAAGAAAAUAUUAAGGAGAAGUAUAUAUCUGAAGGUGUUUGAACGGGUUGAGUGUGAUAAUUACAUAUUAUGCAGUAUUCGCAUUGCAUUAGUUGGCAUUACUGUUGUCUUAUGCAUGUUUCUUUUGUUCUCAAAGAUCUCGGUAUGAAGGGCAUCAUUGUUGACGUAGCUAUCAACAGCACUGGGAGCAUACAGAUCGAGAAUGACAAAAAGUCGGUAGAGGAAAAUUUGAGACAACCUCGACGUUUCGUGUUACCAGAAGGCACACAAGUUGUGACCAUAAAAGCUCGUAGGGAUUAUACAACUCCUGGUGGAAUACUCGCGUUUUUCAGCGAUGGUAAUGUUACAGAUACGUCGUGGAGUUGUAUUGACUGCAGUCAAUUCCAGUGUUUUGAUGAAUGUAUAUAUGCAUGCAAAUCUUGUUCAAAAUCUAACUGGGAAAAACCGUCAAAAACAACAUUGAACACAAUUUCAUUUCCUAAAAUUGCAUCAAGUGCACAAUGGAUUUGG